CGCCCUGCGACCUGGAGCCGGACGAGCCUGCGCGUGCUGACCGCACCGCACCCCGCUUAGGCGGCCGCCCACCCCCGCCUCGCCCGGAGCAUCUCCGCGAAUGGCUGGUCCUUAGGCAGAGCGCAAGCAGCCGAAGCCGGGCGCCGCGGAGCAAGCAGCCGAGGCCGGGCGCCGCGGAGGAUGGCGACCCUCUGGCGCCUGUCCCUCCGGGUCUGCUUGCCACACUUCAGGUGCUUUGAGCUCAGGGAGGAACUCGGCCUUGCCAGGCCGCUGCGAUGCUCUCGCAGUGCCAGACUAUGCUGGUUUCUGCUGGGUACUCUGCCCAGAUGUGUCUCAGCCCACGGGGAUGCUGGAGAGGGGGCGCCUGGCAGCAGCUUGUGCCGGAGAAAGAGCCGCUGGAGCGACCUGGCUGACAACGGACGGGAGGGAGAGCCCCAAGCCGGGCCUCUGGGCCGCGUCUUCCUGGGCCUCCGCCUAGGGCUCCGCGCUGGCGUCCUCUUGGCCAAGUUCUUCCCCCUGCUCUUGUUGUACCCUCUCACCUACCUGGCUCCCGGCCUCUCCACCCUCUGGUUCCAUCUGCUUUUGAAAGCCACGGAGACCUCAGGCCCAACAUACAUCAAAUUGGGCCAAUGGGCCAGCACCCGGCACGAUCUCUUUUCAGAGGCUUUCUGUGCCCAGUUCUCCAAACUGCAUGUCCAGGUGGCCCCCCACCCCUGGGCCCACACGGAGAGCUUACUCCAGCAGGCCUUUGGGGAGGAUUGGGGCAGCCUCCUCUCUUUUGAUACGCAGGAGCCUGUGGGCUCAGGUUGUGUGGCGCAAGUGUACAAAGCGUUCGCCAGCACUACCUUGCUGGAGAAGGACAGACUCUGGAGACUUGGGGGACCCUCUGUCCCACAGCUGUCCUCAGCAACCCAGGCAGUCCGGAUGCAGAGAGCGCCCUUUGCGAAGGAGUGUAAGCCUUCGGAAAACCUUGCCGACGAAGCGUUUCUAGCAAAGCUGCUUUUCCCUAACCCCGUUAGAUCAGAAGUGGGCACAUCUCAGGUUCCUGGCCGUCCGCCUAAGUCAGACCACCUCAUCCCCGUGGCAGUGAAGGUGUUACACCCUGGCCUGCUCACUCAGGUGUACAUGGAUUUACUGCUGAUGAAGAUGGGCAGCCACACCCUGGGGCUUCUCCCGGGAGUCAAAUGGCUUAGCUUGCCUGAGAUUGUGGAGGAAUUUGAGAAGCUCAUGGUCCAACAGACAGACCUGCGUUAUGAAGCGCGGAAUCUAGAACACUUUCAGCACAACUUCGAGAACAUGGCGUCUGUGAAGUUCCCUACCCCGCUGCACCCCCUCGUUUCUCGGGACAUACUGGUGGAAACAUACGAAGAGAGUGUCCCAGUGUCCAGUUACCAGCAGGCAGGAACCCCCGCACACCUGAAGAGGAAGAUCGCACAGCUGGGCAUCAACAUGCUUCUGAAGAUGAUAUUUGUGGAUAACUUCGUGCACGGAGACCUUCACCCCGGGAACAUCCUGGUCCAGGGUGCUGAUGGAUUGUCCCCAAGCCUGGAGACUCACCAGCAGCAGGUGAACGUCAGCGACACACUGGUGGCUUCCACGGCACCUGCCCUGUGCCCACUGCGCCUGGUGCUGUUGGAUGCUGGCAUUGUGGCAGAGUUGCAGGCUUCAGACCUGAGGAAUUUCCGGGCAGUUUUCCUGGCUGUAGCCCUGGGGCAGGGUCACAAAGUAGCCGAGCUCAUCCUGCACCAUGCCCGGGCCAAUGAGUGCGAGGAUGUGGAGAGGUUCAAAGCUGAGAUGGCUACCCUGGUGACCCAGGCCAGGAAGAACACCCUCACACUGGAGAAGCUUCACGUUUCCAGCCUCCUCUCCAGUGUUUUUAAGCUUCUGAUGACCCACAAGGUAAAGCUCGAGAGCAACUUUGCCUCCAUUGUGUUCGCCAUCAUGGUGCUGGAGGGGCUCGGCCGCUCGCUGGACCCCAAGCUGGACGUCCUGGAGGCAGCAAAGCCCUUUCUCCUCCAAGGGGGAGGGUUCCUGUGACUAUGGCGGCGGGCACACGGCGAAGGCAGGUCCUCAGGUCCGUCCUUUGGCAGCUGUGACGUCUAAAGAUGGGUUGUGUGGCAGAAACACCCGGAGACCUAGCUUCAGGAUCUGUUGAAGAAACUUUGGGUUAUUUAGGGUUAAAGGGAGGGAAGCUAGAACUGGUGCCAGAGAGACCAUUCCAGGACAAAUGUCCUGCAGAAGACGACAAAAUACACAUACUUAUUUUGUUUU